UUAUUUACGGUACUUUUUGUAGCAGCAGAGCUCUCCGGGAUGGCAUAAGAGUGGCUAUUACUACGGGAGGAGAAAGCCUACCGACCAAACAAAAGACAGAGCCUCGUGGACUCGUUCCAUCGGCGAUGGCACAGCUAGAGGUGUUUUUGUUCACUGCUCUAGCUCGCAUUUCGUCUGGGAAAUCUGCUUCCUUUAUUGGCUAAUCCUGACCGGUACAUCAACCGACACCUCCAACUAUGGAUUGCAUUGAAGUUCCACCUUGUGUGUUUCUGCGUCAAGACAAUAAGAAGUAAGAGAAAAACAUCACGGACGACUGUGGGUUAUUCUCCAUUCCGGACUGAUCCCCAUCUAUAGAGCGGGUCAUUGAGAAAUGCAGAAGUCAACGGAUUUUUACUCGAAAUAGAUUUUGAUAGACUAUUUUGUUUCAAUCCUCGGCUGCAAUAUUCAGGAUAUUCCAUUGGUUGACGUGUAAAGGGCAUGGACACAAUGUUUAUUAUCCACUGUCUACGCAAGUUAUGUUUUAGCUACCAUAAAUUAUCCCUGUAGUUAGAAUAUAUGUCUUCGUGCUCUCUAUUUUGCAAUUAACGGCCUGGGAUGAUAUAACAGUUUAGAGGAUUGCUUUGCGCUGGUAGGAAUAGUGCUCUGCUGUAGUUAAGCUCUUUUUAACAGAGAAAGGCCUGUCGGGAUAGACGCUACGCAGAUCGCCUAUAGGCUUUCAGAAAUACCCCUUUGUUCAUUUUGACAACAAACCGAUAUAUAUAUAUAUAUAUAUAUACAACAUCAAAUGUAAUUCAUAUAAACGCAAGUAACCUAUUCUGAGCUGCAGUGUACAGUUGUAGGCUAUAAGGUGGAAUCAUCUGCCCACUGCACUAGCAAGGUGACAGUAGAGUAGGGUUGCAGUGUGAGUGGGGUUCUCUGUGACAGAAGGACAACAACCAUGGCUCUGCCAGAUAACACCCCAGGCAUUCCUGUAGUGGAGGAAGUCAUCUUCCCUGAGAUAGUAGAGCUGAACGUGGGCGGCCAGGUGUACAUCACCCGCUACUCAACCCUCAUCAGUGUACCAGACUCUCUCCUGUGGGAGAUGUUUAGCAGGAAAACCACCAAAGGUCUGGCGAGGGACACCAAGGGCCGUUUUUUCCUGGACCGGGAUGGUUUCCUGUUCCGAUAUAUUCUGGACUACAUGAGAGAUCAGCAGCUGGUGCUCCCUGACCACUUCCCAGAGCGGAGUCGCCUGCAGCGGGAGGCUGAGUUCUUCAACCUACCUGAGCUCAUAAAGAUCCUGGCGCCCAAACUCAGCAAGCAGAACUCGCUGGGUGACGAGGGGUGUCAGAGCGACCCGGAGGACUCCUCGCCGGGCAUCGACACCGGGCGCAACCUAGCCUCGCUGGGCACUGCCGCUGCCUGCGCCAGCCUGGUCCCCAGUGGAGACGGUAAACGCUCAGGAUUCAUCACCAUCGGUUAUCGCGGCUCCUAUACUUUGGGGCGUGACAGUCAGUCCGACGCCAAGUUCAGACGUGUUGCUCGCAUUAUGGUCUGUGGCAAGACGUCGCUGGCUAAAGAGGUGUUUGGGGAGACGCUGAACGAGAGCCGUGACCCGGACCGACCCCCAGAGCGCUACACGUCACGCUACUACCUCAAAUUCACCUUCCUGGAGCAGGCCUUUGACAAGCUGGCAGACGCCGGGUUUCACAUGGUGGCCUGUAACUCCACGGGGACCUGCGCCUUCGCUCACGAGCAGACGGACGACAAGAUCUGGACCAGCUACACUGAAUACGUGUUCUACCGUGAGCGAUCGACCUUUCCCAAACCUCAUCCCUUGGACCUCCCAGACACCAGUCGCCAUGCAGACCAGCCCGUCAACGACCCCUGCCACCCCAGCACUGCCGUCAGCCAAGCAGAAACAAACACCACUAUGGACCUAAGAAAUGGCCGGCCCCUCGACCCUCCUCCUCCUGCUACUCCCCCACCUCCCCUUCCUCCAGCUCCAGCCCCGUUCAGCCCUGACCUUCGUCUCUCUUCUCUCCCCUUUCCGCCCCUGCCAGACAUGAGCCCCCAGCGGCCCACCACCCUCGCCCUGAAGACCCUGCCCCACCCCAGCACCGUCAAGCAGAACGGGGGACUCCCACCGGGCGUUAAUGAGGAAGAGGAGGAGAGGAAGGUGAUGGAGGAAGAUCUAAAAAAGUGUAUUGAGGAUUUUAGGAAGAUCAAAGUUCCUAAAGUCUUCCCUGACAAGAAGAGGCACUGGCAGAACGACCUACUGAAGAAAUACAACGCCUAGGGGCAAUGACGUUACCAUGGCAACCUAACAGACACAACACAAUAAGAUGGUGUUACUGUGCAUAUCAGAUUACAGUAGUAAGCAGUGUAUAUCAAUGCUUGGCUUACAUAGGACUUGCAUUGAAAUGGCAUUGGACUUGAGAAGUCAGGCAUGCAUCAAACUCUACUAGACUACAUUGAUCACAGUAGAACCAUUUUUCAGUGGUUUAAUAUCACAUAAAGGCUAUUAUCACAUAAUGCUUUCUGGUUCAUGUUUCCAUAUACUCACCUUUACCUGAAGCAGGAACUAAGAGGACACCACAAUUAAGUGUCAACAACACAUGGAACGACUACGUUCACAGGCAAGUGCUGAUGAUGAAGAUAACAUGGACUUUACACGUCAAUAGAGUUGAAGUUGACGUGGAAUACAUCAAAUGGAUACUUUGUUGAUGGACUGGACAUCUAUAACAUAAUCUAUAGAGGACUACUAUGACUGAUAUCAGACUGGAAAUCUAUAAUAUAAUCUACAGAGGACUACUAUGACUGAUAUCAGACUGGACAUCUAUAAUAUAAUCUACAGAGGACUACUAUGACUGAUAUCAGACUGGACAUCUAUAAUAUAAUCUACAGAGGACUACUAUGACUGAUAUGAGACUGGACAUCUAUAAUAUAAUCUACAGAGGACUACUAUGACUGAUAUCAGACUGGACAUCUAUAAUAUAAUCUACAGAGGACUACUAUGACUGAUAUCAGACUGGACAUCUAUAAUAUAAUCUACAGAGGACUACUAUGACUGAUAUCAGACUGGACAUCUAUAAUAUAAUCUACAGAGGACUACUAUGACUGAUAUCAGACUGGAGGGUUAUAAACUAAAAUGGGACUGAUAUUCUUGCUAAUAUGAGAACAGUUUCCAUGUAGGGAAUGUUAGUGGCAAGUCUUUUACCCACAGAGGAACAUUUGAAAAUAGGGCUUUCAGUUCUGUGAUUCCACUUUCACCCUUUCCGAGAUCAAUAUUUUAGUGUGUUCUGGAAUAGACGUUGGCACUGCUCUCUCGUAAGAAUCAGGCUAAUAGACAAUAAUAGUGUUAUAUUAGUUCUUAGGAGCUUCACCUCACUGAUGCAAAAUAAAGGAAAAGGAAAUGUGAUCCCUGGGUCUAUUAAUGUCAAGUGUUUCAACUGAUUAAUAUUAACACAAGCUUCAAAGCCUCGUCCACACACACACACACACACACACACACACACACACACACACACACACACACACACACACACACACACACACACACACACACACACACACACACAUGCGCGCACACACAUAAAUACACACGUACACACACACACACACUCACACACACACACACACUCACACACAAAAAUGCACACACGUACACACAAAUAUGCACACACAAUAACGAAGCCUGAAAAAAGCAUUUCCAGUUUGGUUUUGUGUUUAUUAUUGUGCCAUUGUCCAUGCCUAAGACAGAAUAAUAGUGAUUGUGAUUGAAUUCUAAUUGUGGUAUUGUGAUAAGCUAAAAUGGGAACAGUUGAAUAACAACUUCAUGACCAACACAUUCACAUACUUAUUAUUCCCAUCUGUGCUGGGGCAUAGACAUCAUCACUCAGCCUGCCCUAAUGAAUCACUGCAUGGCCUCUGAGUGUUUAUCUCUCUCUCUCUCUCUCUCUCUCUCUCUCUCUCUCUCUCUCUCUCUCUCCCUCCCUCUCUCUCUCCCUCUCCCUCGCCCUCUCCCCCCUCGCCCUCUCUCUCUCUCUCAUCAGGAAGAGCAGUAAGUUAAUUUUUGUAAAUAGGUUAUUAUAAAGCCUGUCCUCCUGAGGAAGGAGUUUUAAUUGUACAAGCACAACGGUGCCAGACCUGGUCUCCUCUACGGUGAUGAUGAUUAUUUAUUUUAAAAAUGUCUCUAUCUCUCAAUUCAAUUUACAUUUAAAUUUAAGGGGCUUUAUUGCCAUGGGAAACAUAUGUUUACAUUGCGAAAGCAAGUGAAAUAGAAAAUAAACAAAAGUGAAUUAAACCAUAAAAAGUUAACAGUGAACAUUACUCACAAAGUUCCAAAAGAAUAAAGUCAUUUCAAUUAUGUAUAUAUACAGUGUUGCAAUGAUGUGCAAAUAGUUAAAGUACAAAAGGGAAAAUUAACAUAAAUAUAGGUUGUAUUUACAAUGGUGUUUGUUCGUCACUGGUUGCCCUUUUCUUGUGGCAACAGGUCACAAAUCUUCCUGCUGUGAUGGCACACUGUGGUAUUUCACCUAAUAGAUAUGGGAGUUUAUUAAAAUUAGAUUUUUAAGUAUUGAGGUAUUCUGCCACUGUGUACUCUCUGUUUAGGGCCAAAUAGCAUUCUAGUUUGCUCUGUUUAAAAAAAAAAUUCCAAUGUGUCAAGUAAUUAUCUUUUUGUUUUCUCAUGAUUUGGUUGGGUCUAAUUGUUUUGCCGUCCUGAGAGUUUGUGGGGUCUGUUUGCGUUUGUGAACCGAGCCUCAGGACCAGCUUGCUUAGGGGACUCAUUUUCAUUUCUCUGUAGGUGAUAGCUUUUUUAUAGAAGGUUUGGGAAUCGCUUCCUUUUAGGUGGUUGUAGAAUUUAACGUCUCUUUUCUGUAUUUUGAUAAUUACUGGGUAUCAGCAUAAUUCUGCUCUGCAUGUACUAUUUGGUGUUCUACGUUGUACACAGAGGAUAUUUUUGCAGAAUUCUGCAUGCAGUCUCAAUUCAGUGUUUGUCUCAUUUUGUGAAUUCUUGAUUGGAGAGCAGACCCCAGACCUCACAACCAUAAAGGACAAUGGGUUCUAUAACUGAUUCAAGUAUUUUUUGCCAGAUCCUAAUUGGAAUGUCGAAUUUAAUUUUCCUUUUUAUGGCAUAGCAGACUGUUCUAGUGCCUCGCCAAUUUGGUGAUGUAUAUGUUGCAGAGGGUGGGGCUUAAGCUGCAUCCCUGUCUCACCCCAUAACCCUGUGGAAAGAAACGUGAGUUUUUUGGCAAUUUUAACCGCACACUUGUUGUUUGUUACAUGGAUUUUAUUAUGUCGUAGGUUUUUUCCCCAACACCACUUUCCAUGAAUUUGUACUGCGGGCCCUCAUGCCAAAUUGAGUAGAAAGCUUUUUUGAAAUCAACAAAGCAUGAGAAGACUUUUGCCUUUGUUUUAGUUUGUUUGUUCGUCAAUUAGGGUGUGCAGGGUGAAUUUGUGGUCUGUCGUAUGGUAAUUUGUUAAAAAGCCAACUUGACAU